AUGUUCAUUCGUGUUUGUGUUCUCAUUUUGGCCGUUGCCUUAGCUACCUCCACCACCUCUCGUGCUUCUACCGACGGAGCUCUGGAGGCUUCGGAGAAGAUUGAUUGGAAAACCUUUGACGAAGGAAUGAGUGAAAUAAAGAGGGACGGAAAGCCCGGAAUUGUGCUUAUCCAGCGCCCCUCAUGCCCUGCAUGCAGGAAUUUGAACGCCAUUUUCGCAACUAGCACCAAGAUUCAGGACCUCUCAAAGUCUUUUGUCAUGAUUCGCUGCAACAGUGGAGAGAAUCUCCACGAUGAAGCGUACAACGGAGAUGGUUCCUAUGUGCCACGCCUCUUUUUCGUUUCGCCUCGUGGCGAAGUUCUCACGAAGGUUACGGCGGUCCAGGGCGAGUCUCGCUUCAAGUACUAUUACUACAGCGAAGACCAGCUUCUCCAAAACAUGCAACACUCUUUACAAAAGUAUAAUCUGCGUGCAUCGUAUGUUUGUUAA